AUGGAGACCGAAGAACUUACGAAACUCGUGGAUGGCAUUUAUAAGAACAUUCUGGAUAAAUUCAAUCCAGGCGCCCGACAGAUGAUAACAGCAGGCAAAGCUUACUUGAAAGCAUUGCAUGGCGCGGCAGCAGCGUCUCGCUUGUACGUGGACGCGGUUGGUAAGUUGGGACGGCAAGCCCAGCAAGGGACAUGGGGAGGCUGCGCAGAUAUCGGGACUGCUCUUAUGAAGGUCGUAGAAGUAUAUCGGGAGAUACAAGAUCAACAAAUGAAUAUUCUAAAGGCGUUUUACGUGGAUCUAUUGGUCCCCUUGGAAACUAAUCUGGAGAAAGACACAAAAGUUGUACAGUCCGAACAAAAAAGAUUCCUUCAGCAACACAAAUUGCGCUCAGAAAGUUACAGCAAAGCCGCUGCAACGAUUAAAAAGCAAAGAAAAAAGAAAACUAACGUAACAAAAGUUGGAUCAGCCAUGGACAAAGAGAUGAAGAGCAUGCAAAUACUCGAGGAAGAGAAAACAAAGUUGGACGCGUUCUGCGAACAAAGCUUGAAAAAUGCUAUGACUCAAGAGCGUCGUCGCUAUGGCUUCGUGUUAGAGCGUCAAUGUUCCCUCGCGAAGCAUUGGCUAGCUUAUCACAGCUCAGGUGCCGCAUCUUACAGCACCGGGCUUGAUGAAUGGCUCGAGGUCUCCCGCACAAGGGAGUUCCUACCUCCCAAUGUAGAGGCCAUGUUCGUCAGCAAAAUGAGGCAAGUUUCGUUCUGGGCCGAUGAAGAUGUUUAUGCCAGUCCACGCAACGGUGACGACGAUGAUCGGGCAUCUGUCGGAUCAGCUUUGAGGAAAACCAGAUCAGUUGACGCAUCUUGUCUUGACGUACGAUCUAUUGCAGAGCUCGGCUCACCCGCUCAAGGGCUAUCGAGGGCAAAGUCAGAUUUUAAUCUACAAGCAAGCUCUCACAUGGAACAAGAAAAUGAUACCCGUACAACAACACGACCGUCAUCGCUGGCACCACCAACUUCUACCAGCCGUGACCCACCUCUAGCCCGUGCUUUAUAUGCUUACUCGGCUGCUGGUGACAAUCAGCUGAGUUUUCAACAGGGUGACAUACUCGCCCUUCUAGGGGACCGUACCAAGGGCUGGCAGUAUGGAGAAAAUUUGCGCACCCACAGCGCAGGGUGGUUCCCUCUGGCGUACACCGAGGCGAUACCCAACGAAGAACCUGGCAGUUCACCAGCACGCUGGAGCUGUGCUCAAACUCCCAGCGAGACACCACCACCUGCUCCCAUAGCCCAUGCUCAGGUUUCGUCAUCCGCGAAUACAACGCAUUCACAUUCUCAUCCACCAGCACGCAUGUUUGGCGAUACUGUCACUGCUCAUCAUGUAAACAAGGGUCGCUUGGGUAGCAACUCACCAGGGUUACCUCCGACGCUACCAGCACCAUCGCCAGGAGGCCUAAGCUCUUCAGCUAGUGCGACUUUCCAUGCUUCUACUGGAAGUACAUCUGCUACUAAUGCGAUUAAGAACUCUACAUCUGCAGCCAGCUUUACUACUCAUGCUGUUAUUGAAACGAGAAGCUUUGGCCCACAAACUUUGCCGAUGCGUUCACAGGUGGCACAAAACAAAGUUGUCCCAACUAAGAGUGCCGUAGCAGCAGUCGGAGCCGUAGGUAACGUUUCGCUACACAGCUCUAAUGAUUCAGGGUUUUCAAAUGAACCUCCACCGCAACCGGAUGUUGAUUAUAGUGAUGAAGAGGCUCAAAGGCUUCGAGUACCUAUCAGUAAAAAUCAGCAAAACAACGAGCAUAGAGCAUACUUACUUAAAACACAAAGUCUCAGACGUGGUCCAAAGCCUAGUAGUAACAACAAUGGAUAUUUGACCGACGAUCAACAGUUACUAUUACGUAAUAUGCUUGAUAUGGAUAAAGAUUCUCAAAAAGUGAAAAGAACAAAAUCAUUCUGGAAAUUUGGACGCACAACCUCAGAGGAAAUUAUGGAAGGCAUGUCUCUUUGGCAGCAUCGUGACAUUGUUGAUACAGUACCGGAAUAUAAGAAAAAGUUGUUUGUUAAGUUAAAGAAAGAAUUACGCCCAGCUCCUGAUAUCCCUGAACCUAGAAAAAACGCGAUAAGUGAAAAGCCAAUCGCUGUAGAAAAUCUACAAUCACGGUCGCAGGAUAGAAUGACAAUUGAUAGAAAAGAUGUUAAAGUAGCUACUGGUUUGCGACAAGCUAAAAGUUUAGGCUCCAUUCAAACUGAAGAUAGGACAGAUAAUCCUAAAAAAAAUGAUGAGACUGUAUAUCAUCAAAACCAAAUUAUUAAUAAGAAGAGCACUUCUGAAAAAUCAAUUAUUGAAGAGAAACAUGAUGACUUUACGCCUCGAAAUGAAUCAAGACACUCUGAUCUUACUAAUACAAGUACCAUUAAAACUAAUUUCGAAAACAGUUUUUACAAUGACGAAAAUGGUGAUGGUUUCGUUAUGAAAACUGUUAAACGAAGAGAAAUUUUGCAAAAAUAUGACAAUGAUAGCAGUUCUGACGUAAAUUCUGUUGCGUCAAGUACUGAUCCAUAUGACUGCAUUAUAGUUGAUGAUCAUAUGACAUCAAAAAAGCACCAUGAACUUGAUAGACGCAGACAAACGCAAAUGUUAGAUGAUGAAAUUAAGAAAAAUAAAGAAAAUGCUUACAUGCCGGAGUUUGAAGAAAUAGAAAUAAAUCCAAUAAAACCACAUGUCCGUGCAACACUAACUACGGAAAAAUCCAAAAAGACUUCCCAUGAAAGGAGUCCACCUGUAAUGGAAUUUAAAACGUUUAAAGAUAACACUAAGGAGAUAAAAACAUUUUCAGCUUCAUCAGAAACAUUAAAAUAUAAAGAUAACGAACAACAAAGAGAUAGAUAUGGUAUUCCUAUAGAACGAAACAAUAAUGACAUUCGAAACAACGAGACUUACAAUGGAUAUGAUGACGGAACCUUAAAGUAUAAAAAAGGUCCAAGUAGAGAAGAAAAAAAUCGCCAGUCGAACAACUUUGAAAAUGGAAAAAAACUCAAAGAAUAUCCUCAAGCAGAAGUAAGGCCGCAGAAAAAAGAGAACCGAUCAACUGAAAAUAGAGAACCAAGAAUUGACUACUCUUUAGACCGACGUCAAAUGAGGAAAGAUUUUAACGACUCAAAAAAUAGAGACACAAGAUUAAGAAACAGGUCGAAUAGAAGUUAUGAUGAUAGCACUUUACAAUAUAACGGACGUAAGGAUGACAGGUACUAUGAAGCGAAUAUAUCAUAUUUUAGUGACCAAGAACGUCGAGCAUCCCGUUAUGAUUAUGAAACCGAUUCAAAGAAAGCCGAAAAGUCAAAGAUACGACAGGAAGAAGCGAGGCUAGAAGCAAGACGUUUUAUGGACCGGCGAAGUGAAGGCCCCUAUAGCGAGUCUGAUGAUCAGAAAUUCAAUGAAGCUUUAAAACAACAGCGACCACAGUUACUUCCUCGUACUAAACUACUUAAAAGAAACGUAGACGGUAGUGAAUUACCUGAGGAAGGGCAUACGUUUGGUCCGUGGUACGAUCUGUGGGGCCGUGAAACAGCCAUGUACAAG